AUGUUGGUUGGUAGAUCUUCAUCAAUCAUCAAAUGCAGGUGCCAAAGACUGGAAAAGGCAAGAAAAAAGGCCACCGAUACCAACACCAAUGACAUCCUUCAGGGCUUUUCCUGUGGCACCAACCUACCAGAAUUGCCAAUCACUUCACAAUUCAGGAAAUAUGGACCCAAAAUGGAUACUAAAAAAAUUGUAGUGAUUACCCAAAUUCACAAGGUUCACCCUAAUUUAUGGAAACCAAGGAGUGGCUUAGAGCUGAUGAACAAUGACCUUCCCAGCACCAACCCUGAAGAGGCUAUGUCCUGCUUUGAUUUGUCCAAGAAUGAUUCAUCUCUCAUAUCAGCAACAGGAGGGAUGAUCUCCACUUUUGACAUGACAACAUUUAAGUUUCAGCUUUUGUUUUCAACCAAAAGUAUAAAGGUUGAUACCGAUUCAACAGUUAUUGAAACCCUUUUCAUUGAUCAUGUUUGUGAAUGGCAGGACUGUUUGUCUUUGUCUCUAUCGACUGGGAACAGUUUGCAAGUAACAUAUGUUCUGAUGCGCUCUCUCCGGGAGCAGUAUCUCUCAAUGCUGCAAAGAGCCCAGGUAAAAUCAACUGUUACUGAUCCUGGCCAAAGUCACAUGUCCACAGUUGCCAUACCCAAUGGUUUGCCCACUACUGUUGCCCUGACACUAAAUGAGGGCUCAUCUCCAAUGAGCACGGAUUUUCAUCCCAUUUGGCAGACUCUUCUUCUAUGUUAA